ACCACGUGAGCGCUGAUCCCGCUAAGAGCCUUUGCCCGGGGGGGGGGAGGUGACACCAUGGCCACCCCCCCGGCCCGCACUGUCCUUGUCACCGGCUGCUCCUCGGGCAUCGGCCUGGCCGUGGCCGUGCAGCUCGCCAGGGACCCCCAGAAGCGAUACCUGGUCCUGGCCACCAUGCGGGACCUGUCGCGCCGGGGCGCGCUGGAGGCGGCGGCGGGCGCGGCUCUGGGGGACACGCUGCGGAUCCUGCGCCUCGACGUCACCAGCGACAGCUCCGUGGCCGAGUGCCUGGGGGGGGUCCCGGGGGGGCGCGUGGACGUCCUGGUGAACAACUCAGGGCUGUGGAUUUUGGGCGUGUCCCCAGAGACCGAGCGGCUGCUGAGCCGCGGCCCCGGGUACGGCACGGCCGAGGCGGCCCCGGCGCCGGUGCCGGUGCCGGUACCGGGGGAGGAGCGGGAGGAGGAAGAGGAGGAGGAGGAGGAGGAGGAGCUGCGGCGCCGCCUCAAGUAUUUCUUCAUGAGCCCCUGCGACAAGUACCGCGCCCGCGGCCGGCGGCCCGUGAAGCUCGCGCUGCAGCUCGCCAAGAUCGUCCUUGUCACCGUGCAGCUGAUCCUGUUCGGGCUCAGCAACCAGCUGGUGGUGGCCUUCAAGGAGGACAACACGGUGGCCUUCAAGCACCUGUUCCUCAAGGGCUACGAGGACGGCGCCGAUGACACCCAGGCCAUCUACACCCGCGGGGACCUCCUGGAGCACCUGGCCUUCGUGCUCGAGAAGUACCUGGCUGUCCCCAACGAGACCCUGGGCCGCUACGCCUACGGCGGCGCGGGGCUGCGGCUGUGCCAGCGCUUCUUCCGCCGGGGGGACAUCGACCCCGGCAACGACACCUUCGACAUCGACCCCGGCGUGGCCACCGAGUGCCUGGGGGUGCAGCCCGGGGACCCCCGACCGCCGGCGCUGGACGGCGCCAACUUCACCCUCCAGUUCCACAGGCUGAUCAACGUCACCGUGGAGUUCCAGCUCAAGGCCAUCAACAUCCAAACGCUGCUGAACCACGAGAUCCCCGACUGCUACGCCUUCGGUGUCACCGUCACCUUCGACAACAGCGCGCACAGCGGGCGCGUGCGGAUCCGCCUGGACGCCCGCGCGGCCAUCCAGGAGUGCCACCACCCCUCGCUGCCCGCCAGAGGUGACAGCUGGCGGCGGCUGGCCUUCGACGUGCUGGUGACGGCCGUGUGCGCGCUGUCCCUGGUGCUCUGCGCCCGCUCCAUCGCCCGCGGGCUCCUCCUGCAGCGGGAGUUCAGUGCGUUCCUGCGCCGGCGCCGCGGUGUCACCGUGUCCCUGUCGGACCGGCUGGAGUUCCUCAAUGGCUGGUACCUGCUGCUCGUCACCAGCGACCUCCUGACCGUGCUGGGCACCGUGCUCAAGAUCGGCAUCGAGGCCAAGAACUUCUCGGGGUACGACGUGUGCAGCAUCCUGCUGGGGACAUCGACGCUGCUCGUGUGGGUCGGGGUCAUCCGCUACCUGACCUUCUUCCAGAAGUACAACAUCCUGAUCGUGACGCUGCGCGUGGCGCUGCCCAACGUGAUGCGCUUCUGCUGCUGCGUGGCCGUGAUCUACCUGGGCUACUGCUUCUGCGGCUGGAUCGUGCUGGGCCCGCACCACGGCAAGUUCCGCUCGCUGUCCAUGGUGUCCGAGUGCCUCUUCUCGCUGGUCAACGGCGAUGACAUGUUCGCCACCUUCGCGGCGCUGCGGCCCAGCGGGGCGCUGGUGUGGCUCUUCAGCCAGGUGUACCUGUACUCCUUCAGCGCGCUCUUCAUCUACAUGGUGCUCAGCCUCUUCAUCGCCCUCAUCACCGGCUCCUACGACACCAUCAAGCACCAGUGCGAGGGUGACAGUGCCACCGCGGUGUCCCAGCUGCUGUCCCUGUGUCCCCAGCACCAGUGCGAGGGUGACAGUGCCACCGCGGUGUCCCAGCUCCAGGCGUUCGUCGCGCAGUGCCGGGACAGCCCCGGUUCCGGAAAGUUCCGCCGCGCCAGCGCCGCCUCCUGCCCCGGCCUCUGCUGCUGCCCCCGGGCGCCCGCGCAGGACAACGCGCUCCUGGUGAACUGAGGGGACACCGAGGGGACACCGGGGGGACACCGGGGGACACCCCAAAACCCCCCCGGCUUUUUAUUUAUUUUAUUUUCUCCUUUUACCUCCCCGAAAACCCCAAAUUUGGGACCCCCGGGACGGGUUUGGGAGGGUGGGGUUGGGACUUUUGGGGACAUUUUGGGACCCCCUGUUCAUUUUUGGGGGAAAUUUGGAAUCCCGGGACCCCCAAAAUCCCUUUUUAGGGACAUUUUGGGACCCCAAAUUCAUUUUUAGGGACAUUUUGGGACCCCAAAAUCAUUUUUGGGGACAUUUUGGGACCCCCUGUUCAUUUUUGAGGGAAAUUUGGAAUCCUGGGAGCCCCCAAAUCCAUUUUUAGGGACAUUUUGGGACCCCAAAAUCGUUUUUGGGGACACUUUGGGACCCCCUGUUCAUUUCUGGGGGUAAAUUUGCACCCUUGUCACCCCCAAACCCGUCCUUGGGGACACUGCAGGACCUCGUCCCCGUCCUCGGGGACACCGGAGCCGCUCUGGGACCCAAAAAUGUCCCUUUUCACCCCAAACCGGGGCCGUGGCCACACCCGGGGGGGGGGAAGGUUUGUGUCCCCAAGGGGACAAUAAAGGUGACCUGGGA